UGUACAAUCACAAUCUAUGUCGUGUGGUCCUAAUAGUGGUAAUUCAUCAUGUCUUGCCGGGUUUUGUUGUAGCAAGGAUGGUUUAUGUGGUAAAACAGAAUCAUUCUGUGGUAAGGAUUGCAAUCCCAAUUAUGGAGUCUGCGGGGAGGUAGUAAUAUCCGGUAGUAGCACUACCGUGGUCGCCACUCCAACGAAAGCCCCUUCAACAUUAUCGGAAGCAAGCGGAUCAAAAAAAAAUUCUCUUGGCAUAUUAUUCUUGGUGGUAUUGGUCGCCGCUGUUCUUUUAUAA